AUGGUGAACCUCACUCAGGUCCCUGAUUUUGUCCUUGCGGCGUACUUUGACAGCGGCGUGUUGAGACACCUGUACUUCUUCCUGAUCAUGUCUUUAUAUGUGCUGAUCGUCCUCUCUAACUCGUUCCUCCUGGUGGUGAUCGGUCUGAACCGGAGCCUCCAUGAACCCAUGUACCUCUUCCUGUGCAGCCUGUUUGUGAACGAGCUGUACGGCAGCACGGCUCUGUUCCCUCUGCUCCUGGUCCAGGUCCUCUCUGAGGUCCACACGGUCCCCGCUCCGCUCUGCUUCCUGCAGAUCUUCUGUGUGUACUCUUAUGGUAACACUGAGUUCCUGACCCUGGCCUUCAUGUCUUAUGACCGGUACCUGUCCAUCUGUCGUCCUCUGCAGUACGCUCGGAUCAUGACUCACAGGAGAGCUGCUGGGUUCGUGGUCGUGAUGUGGUUACCGUCUGUUCUGGUGAACUUCCUGUCCCUGUCCUUGGUGGUCCCUCUGCCCCUGUGUGGGAACACCAUCCACAAAGUGUACUGUGACAUCUCCUCGGUGGUCCGGCUGGCGUGCCACGACACCACCCUGAACAAUGUCUACGGUCUGGUUGUGAGUGUCGUCAUGAUCUUUGCUCCUCUGGUUCUGAUCCUCUACACCUACAUGAGGAUCCUCAGAGUCUGUUUAUCUGGAUCCAAGCAGACCCGGCAGAAAGCAGUCCGGACCUGCACCCCUCACCUGGCCUCCCUGUUGAACUUCUCCUUCGGGGCGUGCUUUGAGAUCUUACAGAGUCGCUUUGACAUGAACAGAGUCCCAAACAUCCUGAGGAUCGUCUUAUCCUUGUACUUCCUGUCGUGUCCCCCGCUCUUUAACCCCGUCAUGUACGGACUCAAGCUCUCAAACAUCCGGGUCAAGUGUAAACAUCUGAUCUCAAAUAAAGGAUCUCAGUGA